UGUAGGUAGUUAAAUAACUAACUUUCCCCGUGUAGUUGUUAAUUUGUCAUGAAUUUAUUAAAAUCGCAGUACCUGACUGUUCCAAUAAUUAGUUAGUGGUUUUCUAAAGAAGAAAUGGCUAGAAAGUUGCGGUGAUGGGGGUCUGUUGCUGUAAAGAGAGUGUGCCGGACGAGCUGGUGUACCUGCCGGCACCAGCUCGUCUGGCAUCUCCGGUAGUUGAAGAACCCACGCUGAGGAUAUCGCAAGUAGUGGAUCCACACCUCAUCGAGCGACUUAUCAUGGAAAUGCUAACAGUCGCUGCUACAAGAGUAGAUACUGACGAAGAAUCUCCAGUAUCGCUUGUGAAACUGCACGUCAUUGCUGACAAAGAGGAUGGUUGGAUUCAAAUGGUUGCUUCCAUGGUUACUGUUAUUCCCGUGGAAGAUCCAUUUGGCCCUACAGCGAUAUCUAUUCUAUUAGAUGAGUGUCCUUUACCGUCUAAGGAGACAGUUAUUAGGCUAACACAGUACUUUGCACUGUCGCCUGAGCGCGCAAAUCGUAGAAAUAAGAGCACACGUAUUGAGCGCAACAUUUGCAUCGCUUUGGGCUGCAUCGCUGAAAAGUUAGUUGGUCCUAACAGCGUGGCGAUACUCACCGAGAAUACACUGGACUAUUUGCUGGCCUACUUGAGUCAGCACCACGAAUCAUGCAUCGUACUAUUUGCUUUAAUAGCAAUACAGAAAUUCUCUCACACUACUGAGAAUAAAUUAACGAUAAAGAGUCGCUUGGAUAAGUGUCCGGAGCAUCCGUUACUGAUCCUCGAAACUUUUCAUAACAGUAACGAUUGCGUAUGGCGGCAAGUCGGCUUUUGCGCUAAAUGGGCGCUUGACAACAUAUUUAUCAUCGAGGGGAGAAGCCUCUCUUAUGAAACUGUGGACAUGAGUGGCAUACACGCUAUUCUGAAUUCCCAUGACGUGAGCGAAUACUUACAAAUAUCCAGCAACGGGCUCGAGGCCCGCUGCGACUCGUACUCUUUUGAAAGUGUACGUUGCACCUUCGAAGUGAACACAGGGUGCUGGUAUUACGAGACCCUGAUCGUUACGCCUGGCGUAAUGCAGAUCGGCUGGGCUACUAAAAAUAGUCGAUUUCUUAAUGAUGAGGGAUAUGGCAUUGGCGACGACAUCUUUUCUCUAGCAUUCGACGGUUGCCGAAUGUUGGUAUGGUAUAACGCACGGCCUUCAGCAGUCAAUACCGUACUAGCUUGGCAACCCGGUGAUGUUCUUGGUUGCCUUCUUGACCUUGACGCUAAAGAAGUCAUAUUUUCCCUCAACGGGCAGCGUAUCGCUACAUGUCGGGAGAUCUUCGAAACCACCAAUCGCGGAUUCUUCGCUGCCGCCAGUUUUAUGGCAUACCAACAGUGCCGUUUCAACUUCGGGUACGAGAUGUUCAAGUAUCCGCCCACAGAUCGAGCAUUUAAAUUUUUCAAUGAUUAUGGUAUUCUGACUGUCGAACAAAAACAGGUGUUACCAAAGAGGUUAUACUUGGAGCAACUCAGACAAACUGCAAUAAACGACGAUACAUGCACGAUAUGCUUUGACGAGAUGCCAACAUGUAAACUUGAGCCCUGCGGACAUCACGGCUUCUGCUCAGUUUGCAUAGCGCAGGUCAAAGAAUGCCCGAUGUGUAGAUCUGUUAUUCUCAACGUAAAGAUGGAGGAGGCCUGACAUAAAGCUCGGAUGGUCGAUGAGGCCAAAGCGCUGCCUCUUCGACAUCCGGUGCCUUCUUGUUCUCAUGCGGUGCCUUCUUGUUCUCAUGUGAAGCCUCCUUGUUCUCAUAAUGUUAAACCCGCGGACAAUGCUUCUAGUGAUAAAGACAGUGUUGAUAAUUUGUUCCGUAUUGUGUCCAAGCGGCGAAAGCCUGCCUGACAUCCGUGGAGCACCCCUCGAUCACGACCGGGUGCAAUGACUGUUAGAUUAAACUUUGAAAUUCCCUACACCGAAGACGCUGACGAAGAAUAUAUUGUGCCGGAGGUCGAGGACAGUUACAAGCCGCAUUUACUACCGGGCCUUGAGCAUCCUGAACAAACUGAACCCGCAAAUAGCAGCGAAGGUCCCUUUACCGAUCUCAGUGAUACUGAGUCAACUUCAUCUAUUUGGAAAGGUUCCAUUACCCCCUUGGAGGAAGAACAGGAAGAAGAAGAAGAGGAGGAGGAGGAAGAAGAGGUUGAAGAAGAAGAAGAAGAAGAAGAAUAUACUUUAUCUCAUUCGUCCAUAUCUGAUGAGGAUAUAGAUAUUGACGGUAUAAUGCAUAACCCAGGUAUAGGCGUAUAUAUAAUACAGUUUCCGCCUUCGCCAGUACCAUCCCGUUGGUGUCCAUCUCUUUCCCCCAUCUUUGAAGACGACACGCCAUGCCUUUCCACCUCGCCAGCAGACAGUGCUUCACGUUCCAUCUCGAUUAAAUUGUCCACUGCUUCCGUUUCCCCCAUGUCGAAUAUCAGUCCACUCCCAGACGACUCAGCCGAUAUGGAUGAGCCACAAAGGGACGGGGGAAUAAGCAGACUCCAAUAGAGGAACAAGCUCUUAAAGCAUAUUAAUGUUUUAUUACUCGUCUUGUACAGUCAUUGGUUUAAGUAUAAACCACGGACGGGUUUAUAUUUAAACCAACCCAUAAUUCAUUAAUUAUACAGUUCUUCUAUUUAACAUAAUUGGUGGAUACUUAAUUUUUACUUUAACAGUCUCACCACCUCCACCCCUUUCAACCCCCUGACGAUUUGACGACAUAACUUUUCCGUCCUGCUUUCAUCCCUCCAUGGUCAGAGAAUCCUCGGCAAACCAUUCCUUAUAUCGAAAACAAUUAUUUUUAAACUAUUUUAGGGAAAAUAUAUUUAUUUAUUAAAGGGUGAAAUCAUCUUCGUCAGCAUCUUUUUAUUAAAGAACAUGCGAACGUACUAAUUCUACGUAUACGUAUCAAAGUGCCUUUAACAACGGAUGUGAAAAAUUACCUAUAAUAGUUUUAAUCAUUUGUUUGAUUUUUGACUUAAACGCGUAUGAAGUCAUGUAUGACAAAAAAAAACAAUUCAAUGUCAUUUUUUAUGAUCGCGUUGUUUAUGGUGGUUUAGCGAAUAUCUCUUAUCCAAGUCAGGCAGUCAUAAAUUGUCGAUAUCUGACUAUCGAUCAUAAAAUCGAAAUUUUGUUUUUUGUAAUUAUAUUGAAUUAUUAUAUUUUAAAUACAGUCAGAAUAAAUAUUGUGUGUUGACAAAGAUCGGAAACUUUCAUACAACACUAAACAAAUCGACGAAAGUAAUUUAGCCAUAGAAAGACAGUUAUAAUCGACAUUAUCACAAACAAAUGAAUGGAUUAUUUGUAAUAAAUACAACUAAUGUUCGGAAAUAUAAAUUUAGGCAAUGCGCAUAUUCAUUCUGGAGUUCUGUAUCAAUGAUUUGAUCAUCAAUCAAUCGUCGAUUGAAACUUCAGCAUAAAUAAACUAUUAUUAUUGAAAAUAUACUAAUUAUAAUAUUCUUAAAAAGUGGCGCACGAUAAUAUCCUAAAAUGGAGCUGUCAAAACUAAAAGAAAUAGUGGGAAUAAAUAACUAGAUGAAAUAGAAGCUGAAAGCAUGCGAUACCCAAAUAUCACAGCGCUUUACACACGAUGCGUACAUGCUGACGAACGUUAUUUCACUUUUACACUCAACUUGUAUAUUUAUAUUUAUUAAAUACCUUGACCUAUUUAUCAACUUACAUCAAGGUACCUUUGAUUCUAUUAGAUUUAAUGCCUUUUAAAAGUGUCUAAAGAAGUGUUAUAUAAUUAAUUACACGCACAUAUACACAGUGGAAUAUUUUUCGAAAUCACCGAAAGUGAAAAACACACCACCGGGUCACCAGGUCGCUCGCACUCGUUCUAGGGCAUUUUUAAUACACGGUUAAUAAUUUUCUAUCAUUUAUAUAUUUAUGUAUAUUAAUAUGUAUAUGUUUAGUUUACCAAUAAAUAGUAGGCAGGUGGUAAAUUAACUAGGUAGCUGGUUUAAGACGUUAAAAAGUAACCGAUAUUAUAAUCGUUUAUAUACGUAACGACGUUUUCCUAUCAAAUUAAUAUGAACAUGUAUGGCAUUUAAAGUUAUUAAAAUGAUUGUGUAGCAUACAUUUUCAAUUGAAACGACGAAUUACUUGUACUUAUGCGUUAAAUUUAUAUUAUAUGGAUAGCAAACGUGUUAGUCUCUAAGGUAUUCAAAGUUUUUAUUAAGUACUUUACUUAAAUUCGGGUACAUAUGGGGCCAUUAGGAAGAAGAGAAUUAAGAUCCUCUCAGAUCCCGCAUAGUGCUUUUUAAGUAAAGAACAUUACUCAGCGCCCUUAAAUGUUUCGCCUCAAUACAAUUGAUUACUGGCAACAUAAUGAUACCUAUACAACCGUAAAGAAGAUUAAAACUACGGACACUUCUGAGAAUGAAUUUGUUAGCAAACAUAUUAUUGAUUUGGAGGUAAUUUUGAAUAAUUGUGCUGUUCGAGUAAAUUCAAAUUCGUUAUUGGCAACGAUUUCUGGCUGGUUUUAAAUAUUCAGCACAUACAUUGUCCAUAAACCAAAGCCAGAGUAAUGGAGGGUUGCAAAAAUCGAAGUCAGUUGCUAGUCACUCUGAAUAAUAAAAAAAACUCAUCGAGCUUACUUAUCUUAUGUAACAACAAUAUCAUAAUCGCCUUCUUGCGUACCUUAUCUGUCAAUAGUUAAUAUUUUAUUUACAAUAUGGUGGCAACAAAAUGCACUAAGCUUUGGAUUGGCUUUGGAUCUUUAGAGUCCGAUUUGUCGAAACGGUCGAAAAAUCUACAAAAAUUCCAUUUAUUAUUUUUUUUAAUAAUCAGAAGUGUUCAUUAAAUUCUAGUUUUUGAAAUGAAGAUCUUAUAAUAAUCCUAGAAUUAUAGUAUUAGUAAAAUGUUUGUUGAGAAUUGAGGUAUUUGGGGGAUGCCAUUUGCCCGAUAUAUGUGGCACAGCGAGAUCUGGGAUCUGAGCCACUUUAAGAGUUCCGUGGCCGGACUUGAUACAAAGCCAGGCUAGGAAAUAAAGGAGAGGAUGAAUGAUAGUUAAAGAUUAAAUAUUUCGACUGAUAUGGAAGCUUAGUGAUAAAUUGGUUAUUAUUUAAAUAAGUGAAUUAGAAUAGUCACUGUGUUACUUAAGUGGACUAAUCAAACGAAUAUAAAAUUGCUAUAAGUAAAUGUAUUUUGUAUAAAAGCUUACAAGAAUAUAUCUCACUAUGAAUGUUAUGUUUCUGAUGAACAAACAUAUUCUAUUCUUUUUCGGCAACGAUUCUGUAUUUAAUUUGGUACUUACUUACAACUGGUGCUUAUUACAUUGAUAUAUUAUGGUAAAGAAUAUAUUUUUUUUACAUAUUUUUUUAAUUAAUAAUUUUAGUAUCUAUCUCUUAAGUUUGAUGUCUCUAAUCCACAAUUAUCUAAAUUUAUCAAUAACACUACUCUAGGCUAGCUCAGACUUAAUCUUGCGAAAGAAUAUCUAAAGGUUAUGCGUAUAUAUUGGAUAGGAAAAACCGUUCCUUUGCGGAAUCUAUGAUAUAACACUAACAAUAAACACUAAGUUUGGUUUCUGAUGAUCCGCAAUGCGCCGGCAAAUCUGUACGUGUAAAUAUUUUUGAAGAUUACUUCUUGACGCUUUAUAAUAAUCAAAUAUGAGUGAAUUUUUUCCCGUAUGCAAGACAAGUUGUGCACGUGUACAGGAUAUUAGUCGCCAUAGUGUUUUUCUUUAAUAUAAUCACUUUAUUUAAUUAUAGUAUAUAAUUUUUUUAAUUAGUUUAUGUCGCACAUUUGUUUCGUGCAUAAGUACAAAAAGACAAUGUCUAAAAACUCUUCGAGGAGUUAACGUGCGUGCGUACGUGCAGUUAGUGCUGACUUACGGUACUGAAACUUGGACGCUUAUUAUGGCCAUCAUAAGAAAACUGAGUCACCCACCUAUUAAAUAAUCGAUUUAUUCUGCAAAUGACACACUGAAUUUAGGUUUGCUAUCCAUAUUCCAAUAGAUAAGGAUAGCCCUGCUAAAUCUGAAAUUAUUGAUUAUUAUUAAUUUUGCACGUCGGCGUACAAUGGAAGCAAUGGCCCUUGUAGUAUGUAGAUCUACGUCGUAUUAGAACUUAGUCACAGAAGAAGCUCUAUGAAACAUCGAAGUAAUUUUUAGAAAAUAAAAAUUACACCGUACCGAUUUAUCUGGUUGCCGCGUAUUAUUCAUAGAUUGUACUUAGUGCGCGUUGUAUUAAUUGUUGUAGUUUACUUAGUUCGAAAAGGCUGAAAAGCGAAACAGACUGCGUAACUUAGUGUUGCUUACUGUCUCCUCCUUCCCUAUCUUUAUAAUUAAAUGUAAUAAAUGCUUGUAAAGUUUAA